AGAAAAGAGAGAAACGAUUUUCGUCUUACGAGAGGGCGGCGAAGAUUUCUUUCGCGCCUGUCACCGUUCCGUUGCAAGGCGGACUUCAGCUCUCUUUUGCGACAGUCUCACAUCGUCUCGACUGUUCUUGCAGCUUCAUUCUCGCCGGGUCUUACUCAUUUUAAGCCCAUUUUUCUGCAUUUCUUGUCGGGUAUAGUCCUAAAAUUCACACAACAGAGACGUUUUUGAGUCGUUUAAGGCUCGUCGUUUCCUCUCUUCUCCCUCUUCAUCUCGUUUUCUUCAUCUCGUUCUCUUCAUCUCGUUCUCUUCAUCUCGUUCUCUUCAUCUCGUUCUCUUCAUCUCGUUCUGUUCUUCUCUUUCUGUCUCUUCUUCUCUGUCUUCUCUCUCUUCUUCUCUGCCUUUUCUUUCUCUCUCUUGUUCUCUGCCCUUUCUUUCUCUCUUUUCUUCUGUAUCCCUUUUUUUAUUCAUUUUCCUCGUCCUCUCCUCUGUCUGCUCGAUUCUCUUCUGCGUCGUUUCUCUCCUUUCCUUUUCUCCUCUCUCCCGCACAUUUGCCUCCUUCUCGGAUUUCCUUGCUGCCCGCUCGUCGGCUUCUUUGCCAAGCAGCAGCGAAGUCCGAACUCCGAGAUGAAGAGAAUGCGGAGUGAGGAAGCUCGAGAAGACACGGAGACUCGCUCCGCCGGCUGCGAGUCGCGAGAAGAGAGAAGAGAAGACAGCAAAGAAGGGGAAAUGGUGAAGAGCCUCGCCCUCUCAGACCCCCUCGGCGCGACGCCUCUGCCGCGACUCCUGGAAAAUGCGGUUUUGCUUUACCAGGGUGCCGAAGCUAGACUGUUUCUCGUCGCGCUUUCUCCGACGCGCCUGGCGGUGUUGAAGCAACGUCUGCAGAAAACGCAUAUCCACCCGAGCCUGGAUUUCAAGCUGCACAUACAUCGCCUGCAACAGGAAGUUCGCGCGAUGGCGCGCUGCCGCAAGGCCGGUGUGGAUACACCCCAGAUUUUCUGGGUCCGGCUCCCCAAAGUGCUCCAGUCUCCCUCUGCACUCAGAACGCCGAAAGAAGACUCCGAGUCUGCUUCAAACAUCCUCGCGAACAUCUCUUCUUCUCUGUCUUCUCCGUCUUCUCCGUCUUCGCCUGCUUCUACGUCUUCGCCUGCUUCUGCUUUAAGUUCUGGGAGUUCUGAAGCGCGAGGAGGCGGGAGCCGACGCCUGGAGGAGGGACUGAUUCUCAUGGAGUGGAUCGAAGGAGUGCCUGUGAAGGCCGUGUUGGGUCAGUUGGAAGAUCCUGCGAGGAAGAAGUUGCCGGGAGCGCGCGCGAGCGACGGCGACGCCUCAGGCCGGAAGAGUUCGGGGGAAAAGGCUGAAAAAAACGCAGAGGUUGCGAGCGCAGAGCCUCGUGGUGGAAGGGCGUCUGGGCGCGAGUCUCACAGUCGCGAUGGCCCCGAGCAACGGACUGACGCGUCAACGGAGAAGUCCAGAAACAAACGAAGGAGCGCCUCGAAAGAAAAGUCGAAGCGUGCAAACAGUAACUCGACGGAGAAGCAAAACGUGGAGGAGACAGGUGAAGACAGAGGACUUUCUGGGGACGACCUUUCGGACGAGGAGCUUCGCGAGGCUCCAGCGGAAAACCGAGCCGCUUGUGGCGUCUUCGAGGGCCAGGCCAUCGAACAUCUUGGCGCGGCGGUCGGCAGAGCCAUCGCGAAGAUGCACGACGCCAACCUGGUCCACGGCGACCUGACGACGUCGAACCUUCUGCUGCGUUCUGAUUCUUCUGCUCUCUCUUGUGCGGCUUGGCCUCCCUCGCCGCUCUGCACUUUCGGGGUCUCUGCCUCGUCCACUCGGGGUCCUCCAAGGUCCGUCGUGGCCGCGGCUGCUGAGUUGAAUGCGCCGCUGGCAGCCGCCGUCGCUCGAGCCGCGGCGCAGGCCCGCGCCCAAACGACCGCGGGCGGCCGCACCGCGCCGGCGCGGGAGUUGGAAAUUUCUCUGCGGCGACACGUAGGGCACGCGCUGAAGGAGGCCGCGUCGCACGAGGCGCAUGCUCUCAUUGAAAAAGUGAAGGCGCGAGAAGAAGCGAGAAACGCUGCCGAGACAGAAGGUGCCUCCGAGGGGGGCCGGGAACAAAUGGAGGACGAGCCAGAGGGGAAGAGAGAAGGAGAGACGCGAGACGCGACGGAUACAGAAGAACCUCUAAAUCUGCCCCCCAUCUGUAUCAUUGAUUUCGGACUCGCUGCGACUUCAAGCCUGCCAGAGGACAAGGCAGUUGAUCUGUACGUGUUGGAGCGGGCAGUGGAGAGCACACAUUUCUCGAUUUCAUCUCCCUUUCUGUCGGGGCUUCUUGCCAGCUACGAACGCCACGCUCAAGGCGCCGCCCAGACGCUGGCUCGACUGGCUGCCGUGCGGCUGCGGGGACGGAAGCGCCUGAUGAUCGGAUGAGGCUCCCCUCAACACUCAGACAAAAGAAACGCCCGGCUGUCGACAUGCUGACAACUACAAGCUGCAUAUGCGUGCAAACGCAACUACAGGAA